CCUCGCUCCAGAACGCGGUGGGGCGUGGGAACAAGAGCAUAGCCGAGAUAUUGUGGGAAGGUUUAGCGAGCAAACAAGGCGACACAGGUAUACUUGGAACGUUCUUGCUUGCUUGCUCUGUGACCACGGUGCCGCGCCAUGCCACACCGUGUUGUCCUCUUCAAGCGCGGCCAUGUCACCGUGAAGGCCAAUGCGCUCUGCGACUCGUAUGUCUUCAAUGAGCUUAUCAAGGUCCUCGACGCAGGCGGGCCGGACGAGAGUCGCCCAGAGAGCGGAAGCGAAGCCCAACAGAGCCCUGGUCCACAUGAAGUACAUGCGGUUGGCUCACCCGGUUCUGGGGGCUCGGUCGGCUCGGCUGGCUCGGCUGGCUUGUCGCCUCACGCACUCGCAGACUCGGAACAGCUCGCGGCGAGCCAUCACGGUCGGCUGGAGUCUAUUCCGGGCUCCAUAGGUCUGGUCCAAGGCCUCUCGGCUUCGUCGUCAUCGUCACUGGGACGGGAGACGGCGCCGCCGCGGAGGGUCGACUGGCUCGGCAAAGGCUCGACAGAGUCUGGUGAGAGCGGAAAGUCGGACGAAGGAACAGACGUCGACGAUGAUGUCGGCUCAACCGCGACCAUCAAGUCGGUCAAGUCAAGCCGGUCGACCAAGUCGCUCCGCUCGAGACGGAUUGCCAAGAAGGUCAAGUCGAUCGAUGUGUCGUGGCAAGGUCUCGACCGCGAGAAGACCCGCACGCUCUGUGCCACGCUGUCGUUGUUGCCGCGGCUCGAGGCUGUCGUCUUCUCGCACAACCGACUCAAGGCCCAAGGUAUGGUGUAUGUGGCACGCAUGCUUGUGAAUGCACCGCUCACAAGACUUUCUCUCUGUGACGUCUCGCUCGACGUCGAUGGACUUGCGGUGCUUUCCCGCGGCAUCCGAGGCUGUCCCACCCUCCGUGUGCUAGACGUCUCACACAACCCACUCGGAUCGGCUGUCACCGAGGGAUCGCUCGAUCUCUCACAAAUCGACCUCGACGAGCAAGCGCAGACGUCUGCCAACCUCAGCAAGUACGCGGGGCGCAUCUUUGCUGCCGUCCAGCUCGAUGAGCUCCGUCUGGUGGCAUGCAACUUUGGCGAUAGCGACGUCCAUGCGCUCCUCGCCGCCAUGGUCGACGUGCCUGGCGGCGAGGUCUUUCCAGCUCACAUUGACCUCGCCAAGAACGCCAUCACCGACUCGAGUGCCUCACAAAUUGCCUUUGUGCUCGCGCAUCCCAAGUCAACGAUCUCGUCGAUCUGUCUCGACUACAACCACCUCGGUCCUGGUGGUGCCUCAGUCAUCGCAGCCGCACUCCCAGCCGCCACCUCGCUCACUGUGCUCGGCAUCGCCGACAACGAGCUCUUUGACGACGGCGUCGCUGCCAUCGCGCAGACACUCGCCCGUGCGCCCGCCCUUGAGGAGCUCAACAUUGCCGCCAACUUUGUAUCAGACGAUGCCAUGGGCGCUGUCGCCCGAGCGGUUGUUCUCAACGCCCGCAUUGCGCGAGUUGAUUUGAGCGGCAACGACGUAACCGAUGCUGGCGUCCAUGAGUUAAUCUGCCUUCUGGAGCUGUUCCCGACCCGCCCGCCUCUCGAGCUUGCUGUGGACAACAACUCGGUCACUCCCGAGACUGCUCAGCAGCUGACCGAUGCCAUCGCGCGCAUCGCUGACAACGAUCGCUUCGACAGCACGUUCUCUGUCCCACAAGCCGUCCUCGACGCCGCCUUUGUCUCGCAUCCGGUAUCCACACACGACCCACUCACUUUGCUCCAGGCACAGGACACCCGCAUGGCGACGGCGGCGGGCCGUCUCCUCGCCGGCCCGCAUCACUCGUCGCUGACCAUCGAGCGCGCCCGAACCGCAGACGUUCUCGCCGACCUCGAGUCCAAGUUCCCGGGUGUCACCGAUGCCUUUUACACUGUGUACGCCCAGAUGCAGGCUGCUGCCCUCGGUCCCAAAGGGUCGGCUAUCCCCGCCUGGUGGUCCGACAGCGCCCAUGAGCUGCCGGUAGCCCGCCCUGCGAGUACCGAUGAGCAACCACCCCAGCUCGGCGUCGCCGAGCCCGCCGGUCAGGGGCAGAAGCCUGUCGAGAACAAGAGCAACGAGAGGGAGAGCCAAAGUGCGCAAGCUUCUUCGCGCUUUCCUGUCUCGCUCCGCGACGUUGCCUACGCCAGCUCCUCGGGCUUGGUGACUGGGUCAGCCUCGCCGACCAACUCACGGGGCACAACCGGUGGCGCCUCGCUUGCUUCACUGCCAUCGUCGCAGUUGUCGGGCUCGGGCUUGGGCUCGGGCAUGCAUGUCGCGGAUUCUGGGUUGCCCCUCUGCCGCGUCAAUAGCUCGGGCGUGCGGAUCAAGAGCAUUGCACGACAGGAUGAGGUCCACCGAUCGUCGUCGUCGACUGCGUUUCACUUUUACUCGUGACAAGCCUCGCUCAGCAGCUAUCGGUGGUGACCGAGAGCGCGCGCGCAUAGGCUUGCGGCAUGUGCGAGGUAAACGCGUCGGGAGCAAGCGUCAGGCCCGCGGCGAGUGCACCGGGCUCACUCUCGUUGACAAUCUCGCCGCCAUUGUCGACGACCAAAACCGUGCCGGCGACAACGAGAUUGGCCUCGAGGCCCGGGCUGGAGAGCGACGGGAGGUCGGUCGGCGCAGGCAGCAGAGCGGCACCGGCGUCGACCUGCUCGCCAAGAAGAAUGGCCGGGACCAGCGCAGCUGCGCUUGUAGCGAGUGCGACAAGCGGUGCCGUCACCCGCGCUGCCACGUGCGAGGCCGUCAGUCGUGGCAGGGCGUCGGCGGUG